CAACUAGUUCGACGCUACCUUCGCCGGGUUGAGAGGUUCCUUGAAUACCUGCUCUUCCUUACCCACGUAACGGGCGGGCAGCCAGCACGAGGUACUGAAGUUACCACUACACGUUUCCGCAAUGGCUAUGUACAGGAUCGAAAUAUCUAUGUUAUAGACGGCCAGGUGGUUUUUAUUAGUAGAUAUCACAAAAGUCAGGCAAUGUGGGAUAAGCCUAAGGUAAUAGCGCGCUUCUUGCCCUGGAGAGUUGGU